GUAAACUUGCUUUUGCAAAUGGCGGAAAGGCCAACUCGGCAACGAAACCCUCAGCAUUAAACCUGUGUUUUGAAGACAGGGAAAUCCUUCCUGCUGGAAAGAUCAUUUUUUUCUCAACUAGAUUUUGUACUUGAAACAUGGCGACUAUGUGGCAUGAAGCACGGAAGCAGGAGAGGCGUAUCCGCGGGCUCAUGGUUGACUACAAGAAAAGAGCAGAGAGGCGUCGAGAAUUCUAUGAAAAAAUUAAACUUGAUCCAACACAAUUUUUACGUCUGCAUGGAAGACCCCUGAAAAUACAUCUGGACCAUGCUGUUGCCAUGGCAGCAGAAAGCCCACAAAGCAUGAUGCCAUGGCGAGGGAACCCUAACAACAUGAUAGAUAGGUUUGAUGUGCGGGCAAACCUGGACAUAAUCCCAGAGACUGUGAAAAACUCCCCUAUAAUAUUGUCUGAGGCUCAGGAGCGAGAAGAAAGGAUGUGUUGCUAUGAGAGUUACAGGACCUUGGUAGAGAAUGAAGCCGCAGGCUUGUCAGAGGAACAAUGCCUGUACCAGAUUUAUGUAGAUGAACAAUUUGGGCCAGUUACAAAACUUGGCUCAACAGAAGAGGAAAAGAAAAAAUUAUCGGAGAAGAAAGCAGCUAUUGCUUUCUCGUAUGACGAGAAUACCCCUGGUGAGGAGAAGGAAGGAGACAGUGAUGCGGAGAGCAGUGAUACAGACGUGGAGACUGCAGACUUAGAUGUAACACUAGAUGUGGACACCUUAACACCAGAGCAGAUCACACUGUUAAACCAGUGUGCCCAUCAGUUCGGGAUGAGUGAGGAUGACUACAUCAGGUUGCUGACAAAAGACAAAGAAGAGAUGGAAACUCUGAGACAGGCCAAACUGCUGGAAGAGGAAAAGGCUCAGUUCUCAGGACGGAAAUCCAGAAGGGAAAGAAGAGCCUUUAAGGAAAAGAAAAUGGCUGGAAGGAAAAUCAGUCCUCCAAGUUAUGCAGCAAGAGAGAGUCCAAAAUAUACACCAUAUAAAAAAUCAUCAUCCUCAUCAAGAUCAAGGUCACGGUCACCUGAGCCAGCCACUAAAGUGCUGUUCAUCACUAGUUUUGGUGGGGAGAGUGACGAGGAGGGUGGGGUGGUGCAUGGACCAGCUCUACCCACACAGGCUAGCAAGGCCAAGUCAGAGGCCAACCACAACACAUGGAAUAGCAGUCAAAAACAGCCUGAGCGUGGGAAGUCUCGGUCAUCCCAAGGGGAUAAAUCCCGAUCGAGAUCACCAAAUCGUAGGAGGCGAAUUCGAAGCAGGUCGUCUUCAGGGUCACCUCGAGGUCGCCGUUACUCGGACAGACGUAGAACUAGAUCCCGCUCCCCUCUUUACUCUGCUCGCUCACCCCUUCGCUCUGUUCGAUCACCAGCCAAAGGGUAUCGCAGGAAUUCUGGGUAUUCUGGAAGUGGGCGGAGAAGGUCCCGAACACGGUCACGUUCCCCGAGCAGGGACAAGGGCAGGUACAGUAGCCGACGAUCUCGAUCACGAUCAUCUAGGAGCAGAUCAAGGAGCCGGUCACGCAGCCGAUCCUCUUCUAGGUCAAGGUCAUCUAGUUACAGUUCUUCAUCAAGGUCAAGGACAUCAAGGUCAAGAUCCAAAUCUAGGCCGCGUUCCAAGUCAAAGAGCCCCAAUGGCAUGACAAAGCCAGUGAUCAAGCGGUACCGACGCCCCAGUCUGUCUUCUAACCAAGACAGUGAUUCGGAUUCCAAGGAGAUUGAAAUAAAACCAAAGGGGUUUGUGCCUUCCCUUCCUUCUGGUAAAGGUUUACCAGUUUUACAAAAAAGUUCUUUAACCAGACCACAGGAGCGUCUGAGGAAGAAGAUGCAAGCUGCUCUGAACAGACAGUACAAAGCAGACAAAAAGGCUGAACACGUGAGGACGGCAAAAAUGGAACAGGAAAGAAUGGACAGAGAAGAAGAAUUAAGAACACGCAUGCUGGAGAUCCGCAGGAAGGAGCGUGAGCGUCGACAUCUUGAGAGAGAACGCGACCGUGCAUCUGGAAACAUGCGCCAGCGACACAGUAGUGACAGUGACAGCUCAGAUAGCUCCUCCCAGGAGGAUAGGAGGAAAGUUAAGGGUCGAUCGCCAUCACCCAAAUACAAACGAAGGCCGAGGUCACGAUCAAGGUCAAGAGGCAGGUCUGAGCGAGAAACCCGACGGGACAGAAAAAGUCAUCUGAUCAGCAAUUGAGUCAUGUGACAGCUGCAGGCCAAUCAGAUACCAGAAUUUGUUUGUCCUGUGGAUGAGUGGUAUUCGUACCACAUUGCACAGAGCACCCAAAGGGUUAUUACUUCUCUCAUCAUAAUAUGUUUUUGUGGCAUGGGACAGAGUAUAGCAAUUUCCUACAACUGGUAACAUCCGUGCCAAUGUCUACAUGACCCACAUGACAGUAAAGAUUUUUCUAGUGCACCAGACAAUCCACUUGCCAACCAUAUAAACACCAUUUGAAAUGUGCAUCGCCUGCAAGUUAACUCCACAGUACAGGCGUGACAGCUUAUACACUCAAUAUCAAGUAGUAAUCUACUCAAGUGAUGUUGUGGUUCACAGGUGUCUGCUGUGCAGACACAUGGAAGCCUCUCGACAUUGCGUUUGCUGUGAGUUCAAGUCCAGAUCAUUCUGGUGUCAUCUCCACACGUACAUGGGAAGGUCUGCCAACAACCUGCUGAUGGCCAUGGCUUCCCCCAGACUCUACCUGGUUUCCUCACACCAUAAUGCUGGCUGCUGGUAUAAGUGAAGUACUUUUGAGUUUGACGUAGAACACCAAUCAAACAUAAUUAAAGAAAUCCAGGUGAGGUUAUUGUAUUGUGUAAAAGUUAACAUGUGAAAUGUGAACUGGUAGUUCAUGCCGAUGCUUCCUAUGCAGAUGAAAUACAACCUCAAGGUUUUUCCAAAGUAUAAUUGGUAGAUUAUCAAUUCCAUGAUAGAACACUGUAUUUGAACAAGUGCAAUUUACCAAAUGAAAGAUUUUGUGAAAGUCUCAUUACAUACCUGUACACAUUUCUUGUUGAUUAUCUUAGUGAGAGUGAAAUGUCUGUGUAUUCCGUGAUGGAUAGAAGCCAGCAGUCUGUGAAAUAGAUGUUUGUUCUUGAAUAUAACUGUGGAAUCACAAUGCCCGAAUCACAGCGCUGUUUAGUUUUGGUUGUUAAAAGACAUUGCAUAUGCAAUGUACUGUAUAAAACCCCUGUAGUUUUUGUGAAAUAAUCGCCCUGUUGUAUGAUCGGUACUAGAAAAAUGGCGAUUGUGAAAAUUGACAUGAAGUUGUGCUGUAAUUCUUCAACCUUUUCUCAUGUUUGCUAGAUGUUUAUUCAAGCAUAUCCUGAAGCCAGUAUUCUGUGUUGACUGCUAACAUUAUACUUUUUGUGAAACCCUGAAGUUGGCCAAUCCAACUAAUGUAGUUUUGUCUCCAAAAUCCAUAAGCGUGGAUAAAUUACGCUGAAAGUUGCUCUUUCACGUACCAAAUGGUUGAAUGCAAAACACUGCUAAUCAUGAAAUUUCACUUGGUUCCUCUUAGUGUGACAGGGAGAUUACUUGAAAUAUUCCAUAAAAUCAUAGAUGAUCUACUGUAGGUCAGCAUUCUACAGCAACUGGUCAAAAUACUGUUGUGAUUGUUAAAUGGCAGUGUUUACAAUUUCUGUUCUGUUCUGUUCUGUAAAUCCUGUUCUGGUUACCCAAGCUUUGCACACAGAUUUACUGUGCUCUGCACAUGUCUGAGGAAUUGGCUGAGCAAAUAAAAUGCACACAUGUCCUCGUUGACAUCCUGAUUUGUGGUCAACCUAUCAAAUUUCACCGCAUUUUCACUUUUAGAGGGGCUUAAAAAAAAACUUAAAGGUAUUGAGCAGUUUAAUAGAGUUAUCUGUUUAUGUGUGUACAAGAACUAAGGACCAGUUUUGAAUGUUAAAAUUUUGAAAAUUUAAGAGAUGAAAAAUAUUAUGUGCACAUGUUUAGGCCUAUUAUAUCGAUUACUUAUUUCACAUUAGUCACCUGCACAUCAUUUUACUCCAGAAAUUGUCGCAAUAGGUGACAUCAUAAAUAAUGAAAAUUGUUCCAAAUAUUUUGACGGGGAAUCAAGGAAUCCAGUGCCACAAUAAGAGACUGAUGUGUUUGUGUGCAUUUAGUAAUGCACAACACUUUGAUUCAACCUGAGAUUAAAAGUCAACUGAGUAUGUUAAGUUAAAGACUAUUCUAUUUAAUUGGACCCAGGCUAGCAAAGGCAUGAUGGUAACAGGGAGUCAAAGGGUGUAUCAGUUUCUGGUCAAACAUCUGUC